AUGAGGGAGUUCAACAAAGACUUCUUUUUUGAAAUUGAUGUUGAUGCAGAUAAUCGCAUAAGCAAUAUAUUUUGGGCAAACGGAAGGAGUCGGGCUGCAUGUGUAUAUUUUGGUGACAUUGUGUCCUUCGACACCACAUACUUAACUAAUAAGUACGAUAUGCCUUUUGCACCAUUCGUGGGUGUUAAUCACCAUGGUCAGUCAAUCUUAUUAGGGUGUGGGCUUCUAUGUGCUGAAGAUACUGGUACGUUUGUGUGGCUAUUUCGAAGUUGGUUGCGAUGCAUGGGAAAUAAAGCCCUUGAAGGAAUUGUCACUGAUCAAUGCAGGGCGAUGCAAAAUGCCAUUGAAAUUGUCUUCCCCAACACCCGACAUCGUUGGUGCCUUUGGCACAUCAUGAAAAAACUACCAGAAAAAUUAGUGGGAUAUAGCAAAUACAAGGAAAUCAAGCAUGGUGUAAAAGAAUUGGUAUAUGAGUCAGAUAGUGCUGAAGAUUUUGAGAAUGGGUGGGCAAAGUUCAUUGAAAAGUAUGAUCUUCAACUUAAUGAAUGGCUUUACACUUUUUACGAAGAAAGACGUCGAUGGUUUGUUGUCCAAUAUGACAAUGCCCUUCGUUCUAAGGCGGAGAAAGAGUGUGAAGCAGAUUUUGCUUCUGCUAAUACUACCCUUCCAUGUGGGUCUCAGUCAUUUAUUGAGAGACAAUUUCAAGAUGAAUUCACUCAUGCGAAGUUUAGUGAAGUGCAAAAUGAGCUUAGGUGUAAGAUGAAUUGUAAUAUCAAAAGUGUUGAAGUGCAUGGUUGUAAAGCAAAAUAUAUUGUUAAAGAGGCGUUGAUAUGGAAAGACCAAAGUGCAGACAAAUUUAAUGAAGUUAUAUUUGAUGUUGAGACAAAAGACAUUGAAUGCACUUGCCGGCUUUUUGAGUUUAGAGGAGUUCUUUGCCGCCACAGCUUGAUGGUCCUUGCCCAAGAGGAGGAUGGGGAACUACAUACUUCAAUUGCACCAGCUAAUGAAAUUUUGAAUGCUCAAAGUAGUUCCACAACCAACAUGGAACUAGUAUUAUAA